CAGAAGAAGGAAGAACUAAUCAUCAUUGCAACGCAUAAAUAUAGAAUCAUCAUGCGGAGAAUAAUAGUAUUGUGUACGAUUAUAAAUUUGACUGUCGCUGCAAGAUCUACUUAUGAGAAUUAUAAAGUCUUUAAGAUGAUUCCGCUUUGGUCAGAUCAAUUUAACUUAUUGCGCAACAUGAAAGAACAUGGAUAUCUUUUCUGGGAAGAGCCAAUUAGUAUGAAAAGACCAGUAAAACUUAUAGUCGCUCCUCACCAGUUACCCGAGUUCUAUCGGCUAUUAAAAGAGCAGAAUUUAUCUUAUGAGUUGCUCAUCGACAAUGUUCAAGAGCUAAUAAAUCGGACAACUCAAUCAGAUUUUAGAAAUGCCGCGUAUAAUUCAAAUAUAUUAUUUCCUUUCACCAAAUACCCCACUCUGAAAGAAAUUUAUGACUAUAUUUCUUAUAUAAGCUUGAAUUAUAUUGAUAAUGUAAGACAGAUCGUGAUUGGUGAUACAUACGAAGGCAAUAAAAUCUUCGGUUUGAAAGUCACGUUUAGUUUAACAAGUCAAAAUCCUGGAGUUUUCCUCGAAGGUGGCAUUCAUGGCAAUGAUUGGAUUUCGCCAGCGACUGUUAUAUAUAUUUUACAUCAAUUGUUGACCAGCAACGAUCCGAAUGUUAGAGAGAUGGCUGGCAGUCACGAUUGGUAUAUUGUUCCUUUGGUAAAUCCCGAUGGAUACAAUUAUUCGCACACUACGGAUCGGUUGUGGAAGAAAUCACGUGAGCAGUAUGAUACGUUUUGCUUUGGUGCAGAUCUUAACAAGAAUUGGGAUUAUAUGUGGGGCUCAAACCCAUCUCUCGGCCAACGGACAUUCCAGCCUCGACAACAGAAGAAGAAAGAACUAAUCAUCAUUGCAACGCAUUCAUUAAAUUAUCUCAUAAGAACGGUAUUAAUCAUCAUGUGGAGAAUAAUAGUAUUGUGUACGAUUAUAAGUUUGACUGUCGCUGCAAGCUCUACUUACGAGAAUUAUAAAGUCUUUAAGAUUAUUCCGCUUUCGUUAAAUCAAUUUAUUUUUUUGCGCAACAUGGAAGAACAUGGAUAUUUUUUCUGGGAAGAGCCAAUUAGUAUGAAAAGACCAGUAAAACUUAUGGUCGCUCCUCACCUGUUAUCCGAGUUCCAUCCGCUAUUGAAACGGGAGAAUUUAUCAUAUGAGUUGCUCAUAGACGAUGUUCAAGAGCUAAUAAAUCGGACAACUCAUUCAAUAGAUUUCAGAAAUGCCCCAUAUAAUUCAAAUAUAUUAUUUCCUUUCACCAAAUACCCCACUCUGGGAGAAAUCUAUGACUAUAUUUCUUCUAUAAGCUUGAAUUACGUUGAUAAUGUAAGAAAUAUUGUGAUUGGUGAAACAUACGAAGGCAAUAAAAUCUACGGUCUAAAAGUCACGUUUAGCUUAACAAGUCAAAAUCCUGGAGUCUUCCUCGAAGGUGGCAUUCAUGGCAAUGAUUGGAUUUCGCCAGCGACUGUUAUAUAUAUUUUACAUCAAUUGUUGACCAGCAACGAUCCGAAUGUUAGAGAGAUGGCUGGCAGUCACGAUUGGUAUAUCGUUCCUUUGGUAAAUCCCGAUGGAUACAAUUAUUCGCACACUACGGAUCGGUUAUGGAGGAAAUCACGUAAGCAAUAUGAUACAUUCUGUUUUGGUGCAGAUCUUAACAGAAAUUGGGACUAUGAGUGGAGCAGCUCUUACCGAUCCGCCAAGUGCUCCAAUACGUAUGCCGGACCUACACCGUUCUCUGAACCAGAGACGCGUGCUUUAAAACAAUAUUUUGAAAGUGUGUUGGACAAAUUUGAAACAUAUAUUUCAUUUCACGGUUCUUCGCAACUUUUACUGUUUCCUUACGGCCACACAACAGCUCAUAUUGAUAAUUACAAUGAAAUGUAUAUUGUCGGAAUGAAGGCAGUUGCAGCUCUCAAACAGAAAUAUGGAACUGAAUAUCUCAUCGGAAAUAUCGCCGAGAGAACUCAAUUUGUUACCGGAAGCACUAUUGAUUACAUAAAAGGUACGUAUCGAAAACCGUAUGUCUGUUCCUACGAGUUGCGUGAUAAAGAUUAUUACGGCUUCUUGCUGCCACCUGAUCAAAUAAUUCCGACUGGACAAGAGACUUUGGAUUCUAUUAUGUCUAUGCUUCAUGAAAUAAAAAAACAGAAAUAUCGAGCACAGCAAGCCAAGCAAGAUGGUAAAUUAUAAAGUACAAUAUUGUGAACUGCUUAAAAAUAAUAUCAGUGAUAUAUUCUUACUUUAGAAUAAGAAUAAGUUUCUAACUUCUUGAUUCAAAUACGAUACAAUAUUCGAAAUAAAAAUAUAAGAAUACAGUUUUAAAACUUCUUAAUCUUAUAAUUAAUGAGACAAAGUAAUAAU